GUUGUGUUAAACUUUUGCUCCGUGCAUUUAAGUUUAUAUAAUUUGUGAAGUAUGGCCGCACAUAAUAAGCAUUGCGUGCAAUCGAAGAUCGACUGUUUAUUCGAAACUGAGGUCCAACAACUGCCAUCGAAUAAACGUUUGGGGCAAAACUAUCGCGUUGUUGCGACGAAAGUUGUUGCGCAAUCGGCGAUUGAAUCGGGCAUUGAACACUCGGUGGCUACAGAGAAACUUGAUGGGACUUGUUGUUACAUUGAUGCAUAUCAAGGGAAGUUGGUUCUAUGUGCUCGUCUCGACCGGAAACCGAACAAAUCGACCGAGAAAAAGUUCAAAAAGUUUCAAAACGAGAAACGAGAAUGGAUGAUAAAUGGAGGACAAGGCAAGGAACCAAAGUAUGAAUGGAAGUAUCCAGAUGAUAUGAAGGUGGUUCCCCCAUGUUGGUACCCUGCACACGGGGUAAGACGGGAGGGGGGGAUGGUACAACCCGAUGGAAACGGUCAUGUUCCUGGUUGGGUUCCAAUAUCCAGUGAUGCACGGCAGUAUUGUUGGCAUCAGAAUGCUAUCAUAGAUGAUAGAGCAUUGGUAUUAUUGCGCAACACUGAUGGGUUAGUGGUGACCACCCUACCAUUAUCAAAGUUGGCGGGAAAGACUUUUGAAUUGAUCGGAACCAAUAUUAACGGGAAUCCUUAUGGUCUUGGAUCAAAAGCUUCACCUUUUCACAUCCUCGUUGAACACGGGUCUUUUCAAAUAACCAACCCUCCUAGAUUGGAUUAUGAUGUCAUAAAAGAUUGGUUAAGCGCUUCCGGAACAAUAGAAGGGAUUGUUUGGCAUUGUGAUGAUGGUCAAAUGUUCAAGGUGCAUCGGCAUCAUUUAAAUCUUUCGUGGCCAAUCAAGAAACAGGAGGAUUGUGAUGUCAUAAUGCCAUUGUUAUGUCAAAUACCAGUGACAAUUGAUAUUGAACAAUCCAUUGUGACAAAACAAACACAAAUUUCAAAACUUAUGAAACUUAAUCGAAAAAUGUUUUCAUCUUUAGUUGAUAUUUUGGUGUAAAAGUGUUAAAGAAAUAUAAUUUGUAAUUAUCAUGUGUCUGUAUUUGGUGUGCCUGUGGUAAAUACGGCGAGCUAAGGGGAGGAAAUAAAUUUUGCACAAA